UUACAACAGAUCACAGUCACAGUAAUAGUCAGCUAAAAGAAACCCAGUACCUAUAUAUUCUUUACAUUGAGUUCAUGGCUUUAUCUAAAGGCCCACUAUUAAGAGCUAAGAAGGUACAGAAAGCAGCUCCUCUACUACAAGGAAGCAACUGUAUAGCAGCUAUUGACUUUGGUACCUCAUCACUAUCAGUAGCAUACACCACUCCUGCAACUGAUGGGGCCAUUAAACUAGUACCACUACACAGUACUUAUGAGAGGAUUCCUAAUGCUAUACUGCUCAUAAUAAAGGAGGAGGGAAAUAAGGUCAUUGGGAUUGGACACGAAGCCCAGAGCAUGUACAGCAAUAUAAAGAAAGGAGCUAAAAACUUUAUUUAUUUCGAACGGAUCAAGAAGUUACUAGAGAGAGAUAAAUCAUUAGAUCGUACUACUAAAGUCUCUUCCUUCACUGGUGGAUCUUAUUAUCUCAUUGAAGUUAUAGCUUUUAUACUAACACACCUCAAGGAGAAGCUACUCAUUGAUCAUUUGAAGAGACACUACAGACCAACUGAUUUUGAUUGGGUCAUUACUGUUCCUGCUAUAUGGAAAGCAAGAGCAAGAAGAAUGAUGAGAGAAGCUGCUUAUAUGGCUGGUCUCACUUCUGAUGCUCCUGGUAUAACAAGGUUCACUCCAGUUGGUUCUCCUUUACCACGUCCAGAGGAGGUUAAUCCUGAGAAGCUAUCAUUAGCUCUAGAACCAGAAGUAGCUGCUAUAGCUGCACAGCAUCAGUCAGAAGUUAAAGGCCUUCCUCCUCAGAGAUACAUGGUAGUUGAUAUAGGAGGUGGUACAGUUGAUAUUACUGUACAUGAUAAGAGUAAUGGGAGAAUUAGUGUAGUACUACCACCAAUGGGUAACACCUGGGGAGGUACUACCAUCAAUGAAGCAUUGUCAAUGCUACUGGAAGAAGCAGUAGAUGAUGGAGGCUUCCAAUCUUUUAUAGAGUCCGACCCCAUCAGUGCCAGAGCUACGCUAAAUAAGCUCUUCUACGAAGAGUUUGAAGAGCGAAAAAAGAGAUUUGGAAAUGCAAUCGAGGGCUUUAGUGAAAUAGUAUUAAUACUACCACGACCUUUCAUCAGGUAUUAUGGCAGUGAUAAGCUUCAUGAAGCAAGCAAGCAGAACAUGUACUAUGAUCCAGGAGAUGAUUCUUUAAGCAUAGGAUAUGAUCAAUUAGAAGAGAAGAUAUUCAAGUCUACAGUUGAUAAGAUCAUAGAGUGCGUGAGAGCAGCAUUUGAUGGCCUAAAAGAUCAUAUUGAUACAGUUUAUCUGGUAGGAGGGUUUGGAGGGUGUAAGUUUGUUAGUCAAAGGAUAGAAGAAGCUAUUGCUGAGCAUCGUGGCAUGCUUUAUGAUAAUAUAGUGUGUCCUAUACAACCAGAUCUUGCUGUUGUAUCAGGAGCAGUAAUGUGGAGGAAAGAUCCUAACAUAAUCCAAUCACGUGUUGCUGAUGCUACCUAUGGGAUAGGAUGCCAGCCUGAAUUUGACCCAUCAAAACAUGAUAUAUACUACUGGACUAUAGACGAAGAAGAUCGCAAGCAACGUUGUAAAUUUGUCUUUGAGGUAUUUGUGCUCAAAAGAGAAAUAUUAAAAGAUGAAGUAUAUAAAACAAGAUUAAUACCUCUUUAUCAAAGCGACAAACAAAUACACAUUCCCAUAUACUGUACAGUAGAUGAUGGAGUUCAGUAUACAAGAGAUAAAAAAGGUGAACUAACGGUAUGUAAGAUUGGUGAGCUAAUACUUGAUGUUCCUAAUCCUAAUAAUGUACCAAAUAAUAAGAGAGAUGUAGACGUAUUCAUGGAUUUCAGUGGUACAGAGAUACAAGCAAGAGCUCAGUAUCGCAUCACUGGAGAAGAAGUGAAAACUGUUUGUGACUUUCUAACAAACCAAGACUAAAUAUACAUGUAAUGAAGAGUGUGCAUGCAUGUAAUUUCUUGCUCAUAAUUAUAAUGUUAUAGACCACCCU